AUGGGCAACGGUCAAGGAAAACCCGUCGACCUAACAGGUGAAGUAAAUCUCAAUCACUUCCGCCUGUUGAGAGUCGUCGGUCGCGGUGCUUUUGGCAAAGUCCGCAUCGUCGAGCGCAAGGACACCAACUUGUCGUUCGCGCUGAAGUACAUCCGCAAAGAUGAAGUCGUCAAAUCCGAGAGCGUGCGCAACAUCAUCCGCGAACGGCGGAUGCUCGAAUACGUCAACCAUCCUUUCAUUUGCAACUUGCGAUACAGCUUCCAAGAUAUCGAGUACAUGUACCUUGUGGUUGAUCUCAUGAGCGGCGGCGAUCUCCGAUUUCACAUUUCGAGAAAGACUUUCACAGAGGAGGCUGUUCGCUUCUGGAUUGCCGAGCUCGGCUGCGCGCUGCGGUAUAUUCACGGCCAGGGCAUCAUCCACCGCGAUGUCAAGCCCGACAACGUUCUCCUCGACGCAGACGGUCAUGUCCACUUGACCGACUUUAAUGUCGCAUCGGAUAUCAUCCCGGGAAGAAUCCUCACCAGCAAGUCUGGGACUCUGGCAUAUCUGGCCCCGGAGGUGUACUCAGGGAAAGGCUACGACGUCCGGGCAGACUGGUGGUCCCUAGGCGUGCUGUUCUACGAGUGCAUCUAUAACAAGCGUCCGUUCGACGGUAACAGCGAAUCAACGCUGAGCCAACAGAUCUUGACGACAUUCCCCAAAUACCCAGUCACACAACCGCCGGUCUCGCUGACCUGCCUUUACGCCAUCCGCGCCGCUCUGGAUCCCAAUCCACAGACUCGACUCGGGUCCACGUGGGAAAGCUUCAUUUACAACGAUUUCUUCAGGGAAUUUGACUUCGAUCUGUUGGAACAGAAGCGUAUAGAGCCGAUCUUCGUCCCUUCGUCUGACAAGACCAACUUCGAUGCUACCUACGAUCUGGAAGAGCUUCUGCUGGAGGAGGCACCCCUUGAGGCUCGUGCUCGGAGACAAAAGCCUCGCGAGCGGUUAAAAGAGGAUGCGACGGACCAGGAGAUCCGAGAAGACGAGCUGUAUCGGAUGAUCGAGAAGGACUUUCGGCCAUUUGACUACACAGUUGCCGCAUACAAGAAGAUUACGGAGGCAACGCAAGGUCUUGCUGGGGGUCCUGGCCAGACUGAGCAGGUUAACAAUGGACCGCAAGCGCUCACGACCGACACGGCAACACCCAUGCCUGCGAGAACCGACGGAAACCAGAGCUUCCAGCCGCCACCGCUGGAUCGUGGUUCUAGUCUCGACAGCAGCAACCAGAGCCGGCCUUCAAGACCUGCCCCGCCACCCCCGCAAUAUCAGAGCCAAUACCUAUCUCGUCAGCUCCCCCCGACUAGCAACCGCAUUGCAAGCCCAACAGGCGGCGUCCAAGUAACUCUGGAUGGCGGCGGCAGCUGGUCAGAGCUCGCACGCCAGGAUGCCACACUGCCGACCGAUGCCGCCGCUGCUGCGGCAGAUCCCAAGAACGAAGGCUCUGGUGGCAUGUUUGGGUUCUUGAAGAGCAAGAAGGGACGCAACAACAGCCCGAAACCUAAAGAAAGAGGUGUACUCGGCAAGGAAGGUGCGAGAGUCGUUAUCAGCUAG